AUGGCGCCCGAACCGACAGAGCAGCAGGACCACCAGGAAGAGCAGGCGGCGAACGCUACCAACGCCGACGCAGCGCAUCGCGAAGCCUACGACUAUUGGGGCUACCUGCUCAAGGAAGACAAAUGCGGCACCCCGAAACUGGAUCGCCUGCUGAAAGGCAUUGCAGACGUCAUUAGCCACAAGUUUGAGCCCAACGACUCGCCUGAUCUUACGCCCUCGCAAAUCGCCGCUUGGUACCGUAGUGUUGGCGGCGACUACGAUGUGUUAUUUAUGGAGACGCCGCCCUCUUCCAUCGCAUUCAUAUACCGUUCGUUGGGCGCAUUCCAUAGCCUGCAACCGGCGGCAGAUGAUGAUGGGUAUUCGAGCCCGACGAUACCAGCCUUGAAAAAGCAAGGGUUUGUAACAUGGCAGACGAUCCAGCUGCUGCUGGGGCCAGAAGAGCACGUACCGUUUCUGCAAAGAGCAGUAGAACUGGAUGACAUUCCGGACCCAGAGACUGGCACCUUUUUUCCCAAGAUUCUUCCCAAAGAAUGCUUUCCCGACAGGCCCGAUGACGCCAUGGAAGCAUGGUAUCAAAAUGUCGCUGCCAGACUUAAGAAGGAGGCAGAGGAAGAGGCGAGCCAAGGGAGCGCUGACGAGCCGAGACUGCGCAACUCUGCCGACUACGAGGCUUCAUCAGCGGACGAGAAGCACGGCGCAUACAGAUAUUUUGAAGACCCACUCUACCGCAGUGGGAGGCCGAGGCCUACUUUUAUGCGUCAUGUCAUGAAACAGCCCCCACGUGUUCUUGACGAUCGUGGCCGGGCAGUCACGUCAAGGGUGCGGCACAUGCUGAACCCGCUGAAUCCAUUUGCUAGUAAGAAAAGGAUGGUGCCAGGCCGGCACGAGAGCGAUAGCUACUCGGACGAAGACGCAACACCCAUGGCUGCCCCGCCCCAGACAGCACCCCGAUAUCGCGUGCACAAGCGCCCCAGUCCGCUGCGGCGCGAACCCUCGCUAUCUACGACCGACUUGGACUCGGACUCUGACCCAGACCACUCGCCUCGACGCCGUACCCCCAUACUACGUACGCACCGAUCUCACGAGGCGCCUAUAGCGCAGCAGGGCUACUUCCCCGCUCACCAGGAGGCGCGCCGAUAUUCGAACCAACACGAUUCGCUUCGACCCGAUGGACGCAGUUCUACGGCCACUUCGCCGCAGCCGGCUUAUCGACCGACGACAUCACCGCUGUUUGCGACCCAAGUGGCGCAGGCUCAACAGGAAGCGCGGAAAUACUAUGACCGCAGACCAGCCAUGCCCCCGCGUACGAGCUACAGGCCGGUGCCUGCGCCACACGGCGGGGUGCGAUGGAGUGGACCGGGCGUGCACCUGGUGAGCCCGCCUCGAGAUGCUGAACCGGCCUAUACGCGGGAGCGCGAUCACCACCGCGAGCGAGAAGGGCUUGACCCUGGGGUUGGCAGCAGCGGGCGGUCACACCGACGCCACUCUGAAGAUGUCGAGUAUCCGCGGGAGCGCGAGCGCGAGCGUGAGCGUGACAGUCGGACGCGGAGCCACGACCGGGCGCGAGACGACUGGGACGAUGUGGACUAUGUGCAUUCGAGAAAUGGCAGCCGGGAGAGGGAGAGGGAGAGGGAGAGACACCGGGACCCACGGGUGCAUAGUGUUAGGGGCCAGAUUGUGAGGCUCCUCAAAGAUCUGUGA